GGAGGAGGGGAAUGCGCAGCUAGGCAGGGGCAGAGCCCCCCCUUCCGACCCAGGGCCCUUCCUAAACCCUGCCCAUUGUACAGACGAGGGGACUGAGGUCUGCAAAGCUAACUCUCUCCCCCAGGGCCACAUAGAGGGUAACAGAGUCUAGAUUUCACCUCGGGACCUCUGACCCCCAAUCCGGCUCACUACCGCGCCCAUUUCACAGAGGAGGAAGCUGAGGCCCAGCAAGGCUCCAGGCCGAAGCAAUGAGUCUGCAAGACUUCACAUACCCGCUCCCGGAGACGCGGUUCCUCCAUGCGGGCACCAGCGUGUACAAGUUCAAGAUCAGAUAUGGCAGCAGCAUCAGAGGGGAAGAGAUAGCAGACAAGAGAACUGUCAGCCAGGAGCUGGAGGACUCCAUUCGGGCCGUCUUGGGGAACCUGGACAAUUUGCAGCCAUUUACCACUGACCACUUCAUCAUAUUUCCCUAUAAGAGCAAAUGGGAGCGGGUGUCUCACCUGAGGUUCAAGCACGGGGCGGCUUUCCUGGAGCCCUACCCUUUUGUCUGCACCCUCUAUGUGGAGAUGAAGUGGGCGCCGGCCGGGACCCCUGGAGGAGACAAUGACUUCCCAGAAAUGCCUGGCCCUGCAUCAGCUGACUGCCCACCCGCUUUGGGGCAAGGAGAAUCCCAAGGGUCUGGUUCCUAUCUGAAGGGUCACAACGAGGAAACAGAAGUGAGAACCGUGGCAGCAAAGAGGAGAAGACUGGAAGGUGGCAAGUUCCCCCCAGAACAAGAACAGGGCAGGGCUGUGAUGGGAACCUCCAGCAGGAAGAAGCCCCUGGCUCAGACCACAAGGAACUGGCCUGGAGAAACUGCCUCAGAAGAGGAAGAGACUGAGGACUUCGACAUUGCUUUCAUCAAGGAACAUGGUGCCUUGGCAGGGUCGGGUCUAGCCUGGGAGACCCCAAGGGGCACCCUCCACAGAUGAGCGGCCCACCUUCUCCUGAGGGGCCCUCCAAGCCUAAACCUGCUGGAUUUUGGGGCUUUCUAAGCUCCCUCUUCCCGUUCAGGCUCUUCAGCAGGAGGGGCAGCCAGUGAGCCUGGCAGAGGACAGCGGCAGAGGAAGGGACUGCCUGGUCCCGAGUGACCCUCUGCUGCCUCAGCCCUGUUCCCUCGGCCGGCCAGAGAGGCGUCCAGAGAGGCGAAGAAGGCUGAGGCCUGGCCAGGGCUGUGCUUUGUUUCUGGCAGCGCACGUCUGUUCAGAGUCAGCGGCUGGGGGGAAAUGAAGGCAUUUGUUCCGUU